GGGCUGAGCAAUAAUUUGGUUGAGUAGUUCUUGGGCUGAGCACUUGAUCAAAAGUUCAUUUUUAAGUGCAGUGUACAUUUGUGCGCAGGUGCAGUGCCGAUCAAAUGAUGUCGAAAGAAACACACACUGAAUAUCCAUGAUGCCAAGCACAUACUACAUGAUUAGACAAAUUGAAGGAUGGUUAAAAAGUUAAACCUUUAAUGGCUGUAAAGUUUUCACAUGAUGCCAGGCAAAGCGCAAAGUUUUAGUGUACCCCCAAGUUCUGUUCCAACAGAUUCUUAGUUAGUUGAUCAUCAUCGGUUUCCUCCAAAUUCAGUUUCGCAAGCACGUACAUCAGUGAACACUUUGGCAAUGGCGGCUUGCCCCUUCAACUUUAAUUUCUCCCAGUGCAGGAAUAUAUACACAGCACCUAUGAGCAUCUAGCCAAGCUCCAUUCCAAGAAAUUGUAAUUUAAAGUAGUAAUCAAGAAUGCCAUCCAGAAAUCACCUCGUCCUCUCGGCCGCGGUCCUGCUCGCCGUCCUCGCCGCCGCCGCCGAAGCCGUCAGGUCCCCGAGUUGCUGCGUGCCGGGGCAGGCCAUCCCCCUCCGCCCGCUCCGGGGCUGCCGCUGGUACGUGGCCAGCCGGACCUGCGGCGGCGUGGUGCCGCGGCUGCCGGCGGAGGCGAUGAAGGCGAUGUGCUGCCGGCAGCUGGAGGCCGUCCCGGCGGAGUGCUGGUGCAAGGCGCUGCGGGUGAUGAUGGAGGGCACGUCCCCGUCGGCGGGGCUGAGGGGCCAGGUCUGCUGGCACGCGCAGGCCGAGUUCGCCCCCGCCGUCGUCACGGAGGCGGAGUGCGGCCUGACCGCCAUCCAUGGCCGCCCCUUCUGCGACGCGCUCAGCGCCGAGUCCUGAUCGAGACAGCAGCGAGCUCUUGAUCGAAUAAGCGUGGCAUGGAUAUGUCGAUGCGUUUUAAACAUGGUUUCCUUUG